AUGAUCCGCGUUGAAGGCCGGCGCUUGCUCUCGUCUCUGACCAACUCAGGGUUCGGACCGCGACGGCUUCAACAGACGAAUCAUGCUGCCGCUGCACUUGCUGGAAACGGUGCCCUGCUCGCCAACAGUCCCGCUCGCCAAGGCGGCGUGAGGCCGGCGGUUGCCCCAAGGAGAGUGACGCCUACAGCAGCGGUACGAGCAACUACACAGAUGUUCACCAACCAUUGUUGUCUCAACUCCGUUGUCUGUCCGUAA